AUGGGCUACUACGGAGGUGAAGGGCCUAUGGUCAAUGGGGUCCUUGCAAUGAUGCUUGUCAUAGUCAUUGUUUGCGUAGGGCUAAGGCUCUAUACUCGAAAAAUCCUUUUAAAUGCUCUCGGUGCAGACGAUAUUUUUGUUAUUAUCGCAGUGAUUGCUCAAUUAGUGAACAAUAUAUUCAUCGGCAUAUCAUCCCACUACGGUCUAGGGCAACAUUAUGAAGCUAUAGGUAGUCCAGUGAUUUAUAUCGAAGCCGUCAAGUGGGAGUUGUUUAGCCAUGCCACUGAGAUCUUCUCCAACGGAGCUGCCAAGUGUGCCGUCGGGGUUUUCCUUCUUCGAAUUUUGCGAACUAAGUGGCAUAUCUGGUUUGUCUGGAUCAAUCUUUUCAUCACAGCAUUUUUUGCAAUUUUCGGAACUAUCACUUGCAUAAUACAUUGUUUACCAGUACAAAAGUCUUGGAACACAACACUGCCAGGAAAGUGCUGGAUGAACUUUUCCACAUUUGGUUACUUUGUUGCGUCAUGGUACACAAUCAGCGACUUUGCUUUUGCAAUUCUUCCGUGGUUUGUUAUUUGGAAUUUGAACAUGAAGAAGAGCGAUAAGAUGGUGGUUGCUGGCGGCCUCAGUCUUGGAAUCCUUGCUGGAAUAUGUGGAAUUGUGGGAAUUGUGGGAAUUAUUCGCCAGACAACUGCUGCAGACUUCGCUUCCGUUAAUUAUCUAUGUACGCUCCAAUUUUUCAGUAUCCUUGAUCUCUACAACAAAACUGACACGGUUCUAGAUUCCUCAACAUCACUGCUUGUCUGGUCCUCGACGGAAACCGCCCUCACAGUGAUGUGCGCAUGCAUUCCGAUGUUACGACCUCUAUGGAAUCACACCCGAUAUGGACCGGAUAGAACGAGCAACGCAAUUUCUCCCAAUUCUUCUUACAAAAUGCGCAAGUACGCCAAGCAGUCCAGUCAGUAUACCAAAGACACUGGCACCUCUAGAUUUUCCCAAGACGGUCAGAAGUACGGCAUUGUGUAUCCCGAAGAGGCUCUGGAAAAAGGCAGUCCAUAUCAGAAGAAUGGGAAUUACAGUGCAAGCCACAACAGUGAUGAAAUCAUGUUGCGAGGCGUUGCAGUCAUUGAGAGGACGGACGAGGUUGAGGUCUGCUAUGAACAUGUUGGCAUGGCAGUCUAA